AUGCAUUCUCUAGAGGAGUUGUCGCUCAGGAAGGCGAUGCAGGGUGACCCAAAUGCAUGCUCCACCCUGGACUAUUUCUGUGAGCAAUGCAACGCAGUAAGCUAUUGCUUGCAGCUCUUCCAACAUGGGAUAAAGGGCCACUCCCGUAUCCCAGCAAGCGAGGAACUGCGGGAGGGCUUUCUGCAUUACAAGCGGCUGGAAGAUCUUGAGUCCGCGGCAUCCAAUGGGUGUCAUCUCUGCUCCCUGCUGCUUUCGAAGUUCGACACAGCUAACCUCUCCGAUCCUGCUCCGCUCAACCCGAUAUGCGACGCGCUAAAGAUCAUGCGGGCCCCUGAUUCUACGCGGGCCCUGGAGGCCUGGUGGGCGGCUCGGUCGUUCCCCGGGAACAAGUAUCCCGUUCAAUUCGCUGCGACCGGUAGCCAGCUCAUAGUACGAGUCUAUUUCAAUCGCGCAUCCGGUGGCAGUGGCGGUCUAUGGCUCGCCAUCGCCGACGGCCAGGCGGUGAGCGGCAGAUUUGCUCGUUCCCAUCUUCGCAUCGGGCAGAAUGCUCAUGUGCGCGAUUACUACGACAAAGAGUUCCUGGAGGCGCAGACUGCGUUGUCAACGAUGUCGCGUGGGACGAUGCUCCUAGCAAGGCGAUGGCUGAGCGGUUGCUUAGGACAACAUCAACUUUGCCGUGAGGCAUACCAGACCGCUUCUGCGAUACCAACAAGGCUUCUGGACGUCAGAGGUUCGAAACGGGAGCCGAUAAGGCUCGUCUAUACGAAGGACGCUGCAGACGAUCGCGAUGAAAUGCCGGAGUAUCUGACUUUGAGUCAUAGAUGGGGUACGGCACAGAUACUUUGCCUCACUCGAGAGAACCAAGACUCCUUCCUUCACGAAAUCCCGUGGGAGAACCUUCCUAACACUUUCAAGGACGCGGUGAAUGUUACCCGGAGCCUCGGCUACGCAUAUCUCUGGAUCGAUUCUCUCUGCGUUCUCCAGGACACGCCUCAUGAUUGGGAAGAAGAAUCGGCUAUCAUGGGCGACAUAUAUAUCGCAGCAGCUCUUCAAUUCGACCUGGUGCAAAAUAACAUGGUAGCCGGCCCCUCGACAAGCGAGGUGCUACCACAAGGAGGACUUCUAAGGCGUGGCUGGGUAAUCCAAGAGCGCACUCUUUCGCCGCGGACUCUGUAUUUCGGCAAAGAGGGAAUAUUGUGGGAAUGCCAGAUUAGCAAUGCCAGCGAAGGCGCACCUGAACUCCGAGGAGCGUCCUGGGCGGGCGCAUCAUCUAACCCAAAGAAAACCUUCUCCUGGCUGCAGACACCAUGGACCGAGCUGCCGGAUCUCACUUCGCCAACGGAUCGGUUCCUCAGCUUCCACAGGUCCUGGACGCGGCUACUGCACGAGUACACGUCCUGCGACCUUACGUACGGCAAGGACCGACUCGUCGCGAUAAACGGCAUCGUGACGCGAAUUGGAGAGUGCACAGGCAUGCACUCCGUAGCAGGAUUGUGGAGAGAGAUUCUUCCAGCGGAGCUGCUUUGGUACACUGACAACCCGAAGCCGUACGCACAACCCGCCGCAGCGUCCUACCGUGCGCCGUCUUGGUCGUGGGCUUCACUGGACGGGGGAGUUUGGAAUACGUAUGUCCAGCUCGCGCGGACCCAGACCUAUCGAUUCGACUGGAAGAUACGCAUUUUUGACGUGGACAUCAUGGCGAGGCCGAACGGGCAGGUCGAUCAUGCCCGAUUGACAGUCGAGGCACCUUUACGACCGGUUCAGUGGCCCAAGGAUGCUAGACCCAAGCAAUCACUCACAGAUUCCAUACCGACGAGCAAUCGCGGUUCAGGGAGCCCGAAAAGCGAUUUUUGGAUGCUUGAUCAUAGUAAUUUGGAUCUCAAUGACACUUACUAUGCGCUCCUCAUCGCUCGGGGCACCGGCUCGGAGUUCACGGUGAGAAAGAAGAACAACGAUGUGCUUGAAGAUGCAGCCUGUCGUGUCGGGAUCGUAGUCAAGAAGCUAGAAGAACGAGAGGAUGUAUAUACCCGCGUCGGAUAUUUCGAACAGCACUGUUGGGCGUUAGAUACAUAUCCAAUUUUUUCGGGGCAGGAGACAAUAGAGAAACAGAGGUUUACCUUGCUGUAA